AGGGAACUAGAUCUGUGAUCAAGGAAAUGAGUCGAGGGCUGGACGAAUGUUUGGAAUUCCGUUUCCGUUAUAGGGACUGGGAGUGAACAUUGAUUCGAACAGAACGUGACUUAAAUCAAUGUAAUUCAGAGAUCUACUUAACGUGUAAUUUUUGGUUGUACCUUUUGAGCUUUGGCUAAAUUGGAUCAUGGCUUCUUCGCCGGAAAAGUCGCCGUCCUCUCCCAAAUCGCCGUCGACUCCGAAAUCUCCCUCUUCCAGAAAAAAAGAUGACUCGUUCCUGGGAAAACUUGGAGGAACUUUAGUAAGAAGAAAGAAAGCAAAAGAAGUGUCUGAGCUCCAGGAGGAAGGAAUGAACGCCAUCAACCUGCCCCUGAGCCCCACCCAAUAUGAACUGGACCCAGAGGACACCAUGCUAGAGGAGAAUGAGGUCCGCACCAUGGUUGACCCCAACUCCAAGAACGAUAGCAAACUACAGGAACUCCAGAAGGUGCUGAUCGACUGGAUCAAUGAUGUGUUGGUAGGAGAGAGGAUCAUCGUGAAGGACCUGGCUGAGGAUCUAUACGACGGGCAGGUUCUGCAGAAACUCUUCGAGAAGCUGGAGGGUGAGAAACUGAACGUGGCUGAGGUGACCCAGUCAGAGAUCGCCCAGAAGCAGAAGCUGCAGACAGUUCUGGAGAGGAUCAACGACUCCAUCAAGAUCUCCGCCAGGAGCAUCAAAUGGAACGUGGACUCUGUCCAUGCUAAGAGUAUAGUGGCCAUUCUUCACCUGUUGGUGGCGCUGUCUCAGCACUUCAGAGCACCAAUCAGACUUCCUGACCACGUGUCCAUCCAAGUAGUGGUGGUUCAGAAAAGGGAGGGAAUUCUUCAGUCCCGCCAGAUCCAGGAGGAGAUCACAGGCAAUACAGAGGCUUUAUCUGGGAGACAUGAGCGAGAUGCUUUCGACACCCUGUUUGACCAUGCUCCAGACAAGCUCAAUGUGGUGAAAAAGACUCUCAUCACCUUUGUGAACAAACACUUGAACAAGCUCAAUCUGGAGGUGGCUGAAUUGGACACACAGUUUGCUGACGGUGUGUACCUGGUUCUGCUGAUGGGACUGCUGGAGGGCUACUUUGUUCCGCUCUAUCAUUUCUUCCUGACACCUGAGAACUUUGACCAAAAGGUGCACAACGUCUCCUUCUCCUUUGAGCUGAUGCAAGACGGAGGUCUGGAGAGACCCAGACCCAGGCCUGAAGAUAUCGUGAACUGUGACCUCAAGUCAACGCUGAGGGUGCUGUAUAACCUGUUCACCAGGUACAGAAAUGUGGACUGAAUAUGUGGUGUUGGGGGCAGUCAUUUUACGGGGAAACAUUCAAUUGCAAUUUUCACAAUUGCAUGCUUCAAGGGAAGCCAUUUAAUUAUGCCAAGAGCAUUACGAACCAAGACAUUAAGCAUUUAUAUUAUGAAACAACAAUUUAGCAAUACCAAAUAUUGUAUGUGCCAUAAUAAUAACUAUAAAUUGUAUGUGCCAUUUUAUACUUGUCUGCAAUUUUCAAACUACACUAAAUAUAUAUAUACUUUUGUUCAUAUAUGAAUGCAUAUCAGUAAGUAAAAACAGUCAUUGUGUGAUUGGUAUUUUAUUGGUAUUUUUAUUGAUGAUAAUUCCUAUUUUUUAUUCUUUAAAAUGUAAUCUUUCAAAAGGUUGAUGUUGUGAUUAAAUUGUUUUCAUUCACUUAGCCCUUUUCUACUUUCAUAACUUGUUUCCACUGGGCGCCUAUGUCGUGGAUGUCCAUUAAGGCAGCCCCCCGCACCUCUCUGAUUCAGAGGUGUUGGGUUAAAUGAGGAAGACACAUUUCAGUUGAAUGCAUUCAACUGACUAGGCAUCCCCCUUUCCCUUUCCUUUCUAAUCAUUGAUAAGUGCCUUCAUUUAAACAUACUGUAUGCCAUUACUAGGAAGACACCACUUAAAGUGCUGUGACUGUGAUUUGAAUGUUAUUUUACUUAGUUUCAACUGUUUUUCAUGCAUCAUAUAUGAUAAAUGUUUUAAUAACUAAAUGAAAUUCCUAAAUGUUGAAAUGUUAAAACACUAAUGUUAUAAACUGAUGCUAUCCUUUUGCAGCUGUCUAAAGGUGUGAAAAUCUGUCAGAGACACAGUGCAAACACUGUGUGUUUGAAAUUAUAUACACUACAAGCCAUAUACACUGUAUUUUAAUUACUGUAGGUACAUUAAUAGAGGUAAUUUAUCCAUAGUUCGUAUUACUCAUCUGUUAAUCCUGAAAUAAAACAAUAAAUCUGUGGA